UUUCGGAGCAGCAGCUUAAGACAGGCACAGUACACGCCGACUUAAGCACAAUAAUGAACGCACCAACUGGUUCUUGGCAAGUAAUGGCUUCAUUAAUUUAUUCAAUUGAUUUUAUACUCUAAAAAUGCUGACCGUCGUUGAUCAGCAUAUUCUUCUUAAUCUAUUCUUCUUAGCCUAUUUUUCCAUUUAAUCGUUAAACCAGCGCGCAUCGCUGGCGCGUUGCAUAACAUAGCUAGUCAGCAUUUAUUGACCUAGCAACGCUUUGUUUUUUUUAAGCCUAAAUUGUCGUCAGCGACAAUGUCAGACCCUCCCCCCUUAGGGGGGAAUUUUCCCCCUCCCGGGACCACUCGUAGAGAGAGACCUAUGCCCCCGUGGAUGGACAAAGACAAUGAGAAUGGUGAACUUAAGUAUUUGGUGCUUCAAAUGGCAAAUGAUUCUGUCUUGCCCGUAAACCCGUUCAUCGUAGGUAAAACCAUCAAGGACGCCGUUGGCAGUGAUCUUAGUGAGUUUGGCCGUAAAACCGACAGUAGAAAGAAGCUUUUACUGAAAACUAGGAACCAAAGCCACUUCGAGAAGCUACAAAAAAUUACAAAGUUAAUCGAUGGAACCCUUGUGAAAGUUGCUCCUCAUGUGACCCUCAAUAGUGUUCAGUUUGUUAUUUUUGCCCCGGAUCUAAAAGGAUUAAGUGAUGAAGAUAUUCUGGAGAACUUGAGUGACCAAAAAGUAAUGAAUGUUCGGCGUUCUACGCGUAAAGCGAAUGGUGAAAUUGUGCCAACAAACAUUUUCACUGUAAACUGUCGCCUACCUGCACUAACUGUGGUACCCCUGCGCAUGGAGAGUGCACCGUAGAUCCCGUGUGCAUAAACUGCAAGGACAACCACAGCACCACAUCUCGUACCUGUCCCCGCUACCUCCAAGAAGAACAAGUCAUCAAGUACAAGAUCGACAACUACUGUUCUUACGGUGAGGCACGUAAAGCUCUGCUUAAUGUUACCCAAUCCACAAAUUCUAGUCCCAUUCAAAAUCGCAUCACAUACGCACAACAGACACACACAGUAGAUGAAAAAGACACCCAAAUUGAAGAACUCAAGAAAAAGAAUGAAUCUCUAGAAAAAAUGAUAAUUUUGCUUACACAAACAGUAACUAAUCUAACAACAAAAAUCGAAGUUCAGGAUAAAACUAUGAAAAGAAUGUGCAAGAAUUUUGAAAAGAGUUUAGAAAAAAAGAAAAUAGAAUCUCAAAUGGAAAUUGAAGAGGAUGAAAGUGAAGAAGAAUUAGACGAUUUUAGCACGGAAGAAAGCACGGAAGAAAGCACUGAAGAAGAAACUGAAGAAGAUAAUGAAGACAAAAAAGUAGAAAAAGUAAAACAUGUAAAACAAAAUGACGUAGACGAACAAAAUAACAACACUAACAAACGGAAACGUUCCCACCAAAAGAAAACCCCCUCCUCGGAAGAGGAAUCCCAACCCCGAAAAAUCAUCCCCAUCUCUCUCUCAUCCCAAUCCCCCAACCCUCCCACAUCCAAUCCUUCUCCCUCUGUCGCCUCUAAAAAAACUCUUAGAUCUAACACGAAAUCUGUAGAUUAAUUUAUAAUUUCAAUAUUAACAAUAUCCUUCUGAUUAUAAGCACUAACUUUUAUCCAUUUUUCCUAUACUACAUAAUUCAAUUCAUCAUAUCAAUCUAAUAACUAUUCAUCCAUAUUUGCAUUAUCCUGGAAUAUCAGAAGCAUGAACCAAAAUAUAGAAGAACUAAAACUACUAAUCAAUAGACACGAUCCAACAAUAAUCACCCUUCAAGAAGUAAUGACAGUUCCCACUCUCCUUAGCUCUCUCCUAAAUAGAUACAAUUGGUACACUAACAUACACCCAACCAUACCUCAUCAUAGUGUAGCUGUAGGCAUUUUAAAACACAUUCCAUCAAAUAGAAUAUCUAUAUCCACUAAUCUUCCCGCAGUAGCUGUACAAAUUUCUUCUCCCGAGCAAUGCUCCAUACUAUGUUUAUAUCUUUCUCAUUCAAUCAACCCUUUUACAAUAAUUUCCGAUCGCACUAGUACCUUUCAGCAAAUUAAUAAUAAUUUAAUUGUUUUAGGGGAUUUUAAUGCCCAACAUAUCACCUGGGGAUGCUCGACCUCUUAUAACAGGGGGAACAGUAUUGCAAAUGUUUUUGAAACAAUUGGUCUGGAAGUAAUUUCAAAUCAAUCCGCUACACGUAUUUCUCCCAUAAACGGCAAAGGCUCCAUACUUGACUACUGCGCUGUGUCAUCUUCUAUGGCACAACAGUUCACAGUUACAGUUUCUAAUGACACUCAUGGUAGUGAUCAUUUUCCACUUUUAAUCCACAGUAAUUUAAAUCUCCAGCGGCCACUUCUCCGCCCCAGGUGGAAAUAUGAGGAGCCCAAUUGGGCAGCAUAUCAAAGAGAAAUAAUGUUCAAUCUUCCACUUGAUGAAAAUCCCCCUCUCUCUCGCUUUACUGCAUGCGUUGAAUACGCCGCUUCUCGGAGUAUUCCCCGUACAACUGGAAAACCUGGAAAAAGAUGUGAACCAUGGUGGAACGCAACAGUUGCUACAGCUAUUAAAGCUCGCAGAGCUGCUUUGCGUAAAUUCCGCCGAGCUAGCAAAAAUCCGGGUAACUUUUUCACACCCAUUUUUGCUGAGGAAUAUCGUACAGCCAAUCGACUUGCCAAGGAAGCAGUUCGUCUUGCCAAAAAGAAUAACUGGGAUAAUUUCAUUAAUGAAAUUAAUCCUCAGUUAUCUAGCAAGGAAGUGUGGAGGCGAGUCGGUUGUUUGAAUGGUAAAAAUCAACAAAGUUCCACAAUAGUUCUCAAAACACAGGACACUAUCAUUGCCCCUGCUGAAGUACCUGAAGCCUUUGCCAUUCACUUUUCUGAUGUUUCUGCCAAACACAAUUAUCCGAGUAAUUUUCAAACCCAUAAACUUAACGCUGAAUCUGUUCCAAUUUCUUUCCCUGAUGCCACUGAACAUAGAUACAAUAGUCUUUUCACAAUAACUGAACUCCAUUGGGCACUAAGGAAAUGUAAAGGUAGAUCUGCUGGUCCCGAUAACAUAGGAUAUCCCUUACUGCAAAACCUUCCUGUGGAAUAUAAAUGAACCCUUCUUAACAUUUACAAUAGUAUUUGGUCUUCCGGUAAUAUUCCUAAUGAUUGGAAAAGUAGUUUAACUAUUCCCAUACCCAAACCUAACAAACCUAACCACAACGUUGAUAGCUACCGUCCAAUCUUCCUCCUUAACUGCAUGGGUAAAGUGUUAGAACGCAUGGUAAAUCGCCGCCUCUCGCAAGAAUUAGAAGACAGAAACCUGCUUAGCUCUGACCAACACGCUUUUCGGAGCGGGUUGGGCACGGAAACAUAUUUUGCCAAAUUAGAUGAUACUAUUCAAAAAUCAAUAGACCAGGAUCAUCACAUAGACUUUGCCAUCAUAGAUAUUUCCAAAGCUUUUGAUCGCACUUGGCGCCAUUCCAUUCUUUCUAAACUAGCUUUUUGGGGCUUUGGUGGCCGGCUCACUAAUUUCAUAGACAAUUUUUUUAUAGACAGAUCAUUUAGAUUCCUAAUCGGUAAUAGUGUUUCUAAUCCAUAUCCUCUAGAAAACGGUGUAUCUCAGGGCGCCAUCCUUUCUCCUACACUUUUCCUUAUCAGUAUAGAAUCUCUGUUUUGCUCCAUUCCAUAUGAAAUCAAACCUUUUGUCUAUGCCGAUGAUAUCAUUCUGGUCUGUUCAUCGAGAUCUGUUAACACAUCUCGUCAGCUUCUCCAAAAAGGAGUUGACAAGAUAAGGCAAUGGUCUCGGUCAUGAAAUAUCCCAUUCCAAAUCUCAAAUCCUCCAUAUCUGCAAAAUGGGCUUCCAUCGCAAACUACCUAUCAAACUUCACGACCACAUCAUACCAAAUGUAAACUCAGCGAAAAUAUUAGGUGUUACAUUUGACACAAAACUUACUUUCAUUCCCCACUCCAACCGGAUAAGAAAAGAAGCAAAAACCAGACUAAACCUCUUUAGGAUGUUAGCAGCUGGACAAUAUCGUGCAUCACGUCAAACUCUUCUGCAGAUCCUCAAUAGCUGGCUGCUUCCCAAAAUUCUCUAUGGUAUUGAGAUUGUCUCUCGCCAACGAGAAAACUUUGAGAAGCGUAUUGCUCCCAUAUACCAUAAAGCCAUCCGCCUUUCAACUGGAGCCUUCUGUACCAGUCCAAUCCACUCUCUACUUUGUGAGAGCGGACUUCUUCCUUUUGAUUACAUUAUCACCAACAGAUUAACAGCAGCAGCAGGACGCAUCCUAGAGAAGGACAUCAAAGCCGAAUCAUUUAUCAACAGAGUCAAUGCACAAUUUCAUACGCUUACCAACAACCAGUUUCCCCAUAUCAGCAAGCUUACCGGACGCGAAGGACGCCCUGGGUAUCGUCAACAUCCUACAAUAGACUGGUCUUUAAAAGACAAACUACGUGCAGGAAAUUGCAGCCAUAUCGCCGGCCAUCAUUUUACCAGUCUCAUCCAAAGCAAAUACCAGAAUCACUAUCAUAUCUUUACCGACGGCUCAGUCCUCAACGAAUCCGCCGUUUUCGGUAUUUUCUCCUCCAACAACAGUUGUGCCAUCAAACUACCAGACCAUACCUCUAUAUUCUCAGCAGAAGCAAUAGCCAUGAUAGUCGCCGCGCAAGAAGGUAUUUGCCUUAAUAAACCAAAUAUUAUUUUUACCGACAGUGCCAGUGUUCUAGCCGCCCUAGAACACGGUAACAUCCGAGAUCCGCACAUCCAACUAUUAGAUCAACUAGAUAACUCCCCGGUUAUAACAUUCUGCUGGAUACCUGGUCACAAAAGUCCAGCCCACCGUUAUGCAGCUUUUGUGGCGUAAACAUUACUGUUCGUCAUAUUCUCACCGAUUGCCAUGGAUACACCACCGAACGCGCCUUAUGCCAUCUUGAUACCAGCAUAGACAUCAUCCUAUCACCCGACCCCAAAUGUCAGCGAAAACUCCUUAAAUUCCUCCGUAUAAUAAACCUCUAUGAAGAAAUUUAGUUUAUCAGAAUAAUAUGUAUCGUAAAUUCAUAUUGAUCUUAAAUUGAUAAUUUAAUUAAUUGAUCUUCCUUUUAGCUUUAAUCUUAGUUUUAAGGAAACCGAGCAAACCCGGAUUAAGGUUUACACAGGGAGGAAAUGCCAAGUUCCAGAGUUCAAAGCAAAAACAUCGUGUCUUCAUCCUUACCAAACUUCCUCUUCAUUAUUAAAACCCACACCACAAGCAGCGUCACACACUGCAGCAGGCAAUAGUGGCCAGAAGAAAAAGAAGAAGAGCCGCUCAAGGUUCCUAUCGGCGGCGACACCUACCCCUACACACGCAAGCGUGGAAGAUCCCCAAGUAGCAACCGAAGCCUGUUUCUCCCAGUUUCAACCCCCUCAUGUCCAAAAACUGCCUUCGCUUACUAUUUCUAUCCCAUUUCUACAUUCCACAACGUUUGUUGCGUUCUCGCUCAUCAGGGUGUUAGUCAAUUCUCUCUUGCCACACGAAGAGAAUUCUGCUAAUCGAAGAGUGCACAGGCGUAAAUGUUCAAUUGAUCCUCAAGCACAAAGCCUUCAUACAACACCGCGGUUGAGGCGCGCUAAAUCUGAUGACAUCUUUCCUGAACCAAGCAGGCUGAACACGCGCACCACCACGGGCUCCAGCGCGGUGUGAAGAGGGAAGAAGAAAAGACAGAAUUGGAAACAGCCCCGCCAGGCUUUCAACCACCGUGUGUGUGUGUAUUUAAGUAUGUGAGAACACAUGUGUGAAUCCUGUUGUGGGAACUGCAAAAAGAAGAGAAUAAAGAGUGUGAAGCAGCUAGGCUGCCGCAACCAAAUCAAGAGAGUGAAUUCUCAUUUCAAUCCGAAAAACUGGGAGAGAGUGAUGACAUGCGAGAGAGAAUAAAACUAGAAACACGAGAGAGGGCCACACGAAGCGCUUUCGGGUUUUUCGUCUUCGCGCACAUUUUGCUUUAUGCGCGCGACUAAGUGAGCCUUGAUGAGCGCGAUGGCUCCCAUACAAAGGCCUUCGGCUUUGCUAGCUGGGAAUGGUGAAGAUAGAAUCGUAUGCAAUCGGCUCUGCAUUCGGGCGUGGGCAGGCCCGUGGACGUCGUUUGUACGCAGACAUUGAGGUCAAGAGCGGGAAACAACAAAAUAUCAGCCAUGUACUUUAAAAUUCGAAAUCUACCACGACGGUUCUGUAGAGUAUUAUGAACGUAUUAGUGAAUAAGUAGACAAUAAGUUGGUAUUAGUGUAGUAAGUUUGGAGAUGGUU